AUGAACGAGGUGCACGUGCACACAGAGGCAGCACGUAGGGAGCAAACGGCAAUCGUUCAGCUGAACGGUUAUCGCCACCAACCAAGAUUGCGAUUCUCGCAGGCGGAAGGCAAAUCUAAUGCUAAAUAUAGAGAUAUUGUAUGGUGUGAUGUGGUCGACCUGGAGACGUGUCACCUGUUAUUGGGCAAGCCAUGGCAAGAUGAUAAAGCUGCUAUCCAUAAUGAAACAAAGAACACGUACAACUUCAUGUUAGGUAAAACCAGAAUGAUAUUGCUACAUAGCCCAUGGGCAGAGCCAAAACCUUCACAAGGGGAUGGUCAAUCCUUUGUAGCCAAGCAGGAGUUGACAGACACGGAAAGCGGCAUCAAGGGAGUGGUACCGGGGCUGAUAAAGGAGCUGUUGGGAAGAUUUGUCAACGUGGUCCGAGCAGAAUUACCAAAAGCGGUACCGUCGUUGCGAGACAUUCAACCUCAACUUGAUUUGGUGACGGGGUCAAAUGUUCCUAAUCUCCCGCACGACAUUAAGAGUCCUAAAAAGUUUGAAGAAUUGGGGAAAGAAGUGAAAGAGAUUGAAAAGGUCUUUAUGAGUUCUUUGGGGAUUCUCAUGGCAUGUGGGAAGAGCAAAGCAUGA